GAAAAUUUCCAGUGCGCAUUUUCUCAAUUUCACUUCUUGAAUUACAUUACACUCACACACGCACGCAAGAAAGAAUUUCCUCUGUCAGAUUGAUUAUUAUUAUUUGUUCAAUUGCAUAUUUCUCCCAAUCAAAGCAGCCAUUGAUUGAUUUUAUUCUUCAAGAAGUUGCAGAUCCUUAUUUUGGAUCCCUUGGAGUACCCUCUCCAGAUCUCUGCUGCGCCUUCUCUUACUUCGUGAUCUCAUCUGCGUUUUGGGAUUCUGCUAAGCAGUUGAGUUGUUAGUGUGCGGAAAAUUCAAUAGUAAUUACAGCUGGAUCUUGUAGAGCUAUCUCGGAGUUUCGGAGCGGACCCAAUCAUGAAUCCCUUCUCUUCCGGCACACGGCUGAGGGACAUGAUUCGGGCUAUACGUGCUUGCAAAACUGCAGCUGAAGAACGUGCUGUUAUAAGAAAAGAAUGUGCUGCAAUUCGAGCUGCAAUCAGUGAAAACGACCAAGAGUAUAGGCAUCGCAAUUUGGCCAAGCUCAUGUUCAUUCACAUGCUUGGUUAUCCCACACAUUUUGGUCAAAUGGAAUGCCUGAAGUUAAUUGCAUCCCCAGGAUUCCCAGAGAAGAGAAUAGGAUAUCUUGGUCUUAUGUUACUUCUUGAUGAAAGACAGGAAGUUUUAAUGCUUGUUACCAACUCAAUUAAACAAGAUCUUAAUCACACCAAUCAGUAUAUUGUUGGACUUGCUCUAUGUGCCUUGGGAAAUAUCUGUUCUGCAGAAAUGGCUCGUGAUCUUGCUCCAGAAGUCGAAAGAUUACUUCAAUUUAGAGAUCCUAAUGUCCGUAAGAAAGCAGCAUUAUGCACUAUAAGGAUAAUAAAGAAAGUUCCGGACCUGGCAGAGAACUUUAUAACUCCUGCGGUUGCAUUACUGAAAGAAAAGCACCAUGGAGUUUUAUUAACUGGAGUCCAGCUUUGUACAGAUUUGUCUAAAGUCAGUACUGAAGCUCUUGAGUAUUUCAAAAAGAAAUCCAUAGACGGCUUAGUUAAAGUUCUGAGGGAUCUUGCAAACAGUCCAUAUUCACCUGAGUACGACAUUUCCGGGAUAACAGAUCCAUUUCUUCAUAUUAGAUUGCUCAAGUUUUUGCGUGUGUUGGGCCAAGGAGAUGUUGAUGCUAGUGAUACUAUGAACGAUAUUCUUGCGCAGGUUGCAACCAAAACUGAGGCAAACAAAAAUGCAGGGAAUGCAAUCCUCUAUGAAUGUGUUGCCACAAUCAUGAGUAUUGAAGAUAAUGGAGGGCUAAGGGUACUUGCUGUCAAUAUUCUAGGAAGAUUUUUAUCCAGCCGUGACAACAAUAUCAGAUAUGUUGCAUUGAACAUGCUGAUGAAAGCUAUUACCUUGGAUAGCCAAGCAGUGCAGAGGCAUCGAGUCACAAUUCUGGAAUGCGUAAAGGAUUCAGAUGCUUCGAUCCGUAAAAGGGCCCUUGAGCUUGUUUAUCUUCUGGUAAAUGAAAACAACGUGAAGUCUUUGACAAAAGAGCUUAUUGACUAUCUUGAAGUAAGCGAUCCAGAAUUUAAGGGAGACCUCACAGCAAAAAUUUGCUCUAUUGUGGAGAAGUUCUCCCCUGAGAAAAUAUGGUACAUUGAUCAGAUGCUCAAAGUUCUAUCAGAGGCAGGAAAUUAUGUGAAGGACGAUGUGUGGCAUGCCCUUAUUGUUGUAAUCACUAAUGCUCCUAACCUCCAUGGGUAUACUGUAAGAUCACUCUACAAGGCUUUACAAACAGCAGGUGAACAGGAAACUCUUAUUCGAGUUGCUGUUUGGUGCACCGGAGAAUAUGGUGACCUGUUGAUUAGUAAUGCAGGACUGCUUGAUGUAGAGGAUCCAAUAACUGUAACAGAGGCUGACGCAGUGGAUGUUGUAGAAACUGCUCUCAGACGUUAUUCUUCUGAUCUCACAACUCGAGCUAUGUGCUUGAUUGCUUUGUUAAAGCUAUCAAGUCGGUUUCCCUCCUGUUCUAAGAGGAUAAAUGACAUUGUACGUUAUCAUAAAGGAAGUUUUGUGCUUGAACUGCAACAGAGAGCAAUUGAGUUCAAUUCCAUUAUUGAGAAGCAUCAGAAAAUCAGGUCUGCGUUGGUUGAAAGGAUGCCAGUGCUUGAUGAGGCAACCUUUAGUGGGAGGAGGGCUGGUUCUGUGCCAGCAGUGGCUUCAACUUCACAAGGAGACCCACCAAAAAUUCCUAAUGGAGUUGUCAAACCUGCUUCAGCUCCUCUUGUUGAUUUGCUUGAUCUUAGUUCUGAUGACAUCCAAGCACCUGCCUCAUCUGGUGGAGACUUUCUGCAGGAUCUUCUUGGGGUGGAUGUGUCCCCAGCUACUUCACAAGGAACCAAUCAGACACAAAAGAGUGGUACAGAUGUGUUGCUGGACCUUUUAUCAAUUGGAACUCCUCCAGCUCAAAGUAGCACCUCCAUGCUUGAUAUUUUGUCUUCCAGUCAAGAUAACAAAAGUUCAGUCGAUGCGUUAGGCAAAUUGGCCCCCUCACCUUUGGCACAAGCCUCUUCCCCUGUUGAAAGUUCUCCAGCGAUGGAUUUGUUGGGUGGUUUUGGAACCAGUCAAUCAGUGUCUGUGACCAAUGGCCCAACCUUUCCAGCAAUUGUUGCAUUUGAAAGCAGCUCCUUAAAAGUAACUUUCAAUUUCUCAAAGGAGCCUGACAGCCCACAGACCACUCUAAUCGAGGCUCAAUUUAUCAACAAGUCACCCAAUGUCUACUCAAAUUUUCUGUUCCAGGCUGCCGUACCCAAGUUUCUUCAAUUGCACUUGGAUCCAGCUAGCAGCAACACCCUUCCUGCAAGUGGUAAUGGAUCUGUCUCGCAGAAGUUACGAGUUUCAAACAGCCAGCACGGCAAGAAAUCCCUUGUCAUGCGUGUAAGGAUAAAUUACAAGGUAAAUGACAAAGAUGUUUUAGAGGAAGGACAAAUCAGCAACUUCCCACGUGAUCUGUGAAGGAGUGGCCCUUGCAAUGGAACUUUGUUAAUUCGCAUGGUGGAGAAGCAUCUUCUUGCUGUUGGUAGUCGCUGGGAAAUUUUGUUACAUUGUGUUGGCAAUCUGGCACAGCAAUUGGACUUUUGAGUGGUUUCAGCUGGUACCCUUCCAAUGCCUCUCUUUACUCAUCAUUUCUUCCCUGAAAGGGAAAGGGUAGUUUAUGUACAUUGUUAUAAGAAAAAAAUUCCUGUAAGCUUUUGUGGAUUUUGAGGCACAUAUAGAAGGAGCUCUUGCGAAAAAUUUUCGUUGCUGCUGAGUUUUGAUUCCUGAUUUUGUAACCCUAAUUUAUUAUAGAACCUUUUGUAUUCAAUCCGAAGAGCAUAUUUGUAAAUUAUUGACUUUGAAAUUGAUCCCCGACCAUUCUAUUUCUCUUUUGGAGAAAUCUAGUGCUGUUUUCCCGUUUCCA